AGACUGCACACACUAAGUCAGUAGCUCCGGUAGACUGAGAGGGAUUAAUAAUGGCCAGUUAAUCAGCUCUUUAGUAUUAAACAGUGAUAUUAUUCCAGCUGAUGAACGGCUUUUUCGGAUCCCGCGGCGGCUGCAUGGAUCGAGGCGCCCUCCGCUCGGCUUGAGAUGGGAUAUGGGAUUUUUUAUGUCGACGAAGAUACGAAGGUUUUUUGCGGUUGCCUUAGUAUUCCUGUUCCUCACUGUGUCAGGAGGCUCAGCAGAUGUGAAGUGUGAGAACAUUUACAAAGACUUCUCUGAUUGUGUCCUGGAGCUGGGAGAGAGCAUGGAUAACUACCAGGAGAAUGUGACCAGUGAGAGGGGAGUGGAGGCUGUGUGCAGCCACUGGGAGGCUUUCCACACAUGUGCCCUCACAGCCCUGUCCGACUGCCAGGAGGAGGUGGGCUCCAUUUGGGAGACCCUGAGGGAGGACUCCAGGAAGAUACGCUUCCAGGGAAGUCUGUUUGACCUGUGCAGCCCCAGCUCCUCUCCCAGCCUGCGGUCAGCGCUCACUGCCCUCCCUCUGCCGCUGCUAAGCAUGCUGAUCAUGGCUGGGUCCUCAGCAUAGGUGGGGUCGGGACAGGUGGGGUCGGGAUGGGUGUGUGUUUGGGGGUGGGGGGUCAGUCCCGUCGAGCACAGUUCAAACUCAAAGCCAAGGAUUCAAGUCGGCCAAACAUGUUAUCAAGGAUCAUUUUAACACAGAGCCAUAGAUGUCUGCUGAGCCAGUAGAUAUUGGCAGUGCUGAAUUAUGUAGAAAUCCUCUCAAAUACUUCAGCUUAAUCUUUCCUUAUGCGUCGGGACUGAUGUAGCAGUUGACAGAAUAAAGUUUCUGCUGGCUUAUCAGUCCAGGCACUUGAACAAACACUCCAAGUGUUCUGCGGAUUUCCAAUACAAUGCGACCAGAGUCCGAUCAGCUCAAAGUCUACAGUCAGACAGCUCUGGCUCUGGGUUAACAACAUGCCAUGUACUGUAUAUUGAGGUAUGACAGUGGUUAAUUAAGUGCUACAUUAUAUGUUCGCACCGAGCCACAGAUGUUAAUCUCCAGCGAGUUUGUAUAAACACAACCUAGCCAUCAUAAUGCAAUUAUCACAUUACGAAAAAAGCAAUUAAAGGGGCACUUCACUGAAUAUGACAGAAAUGGAUCAUAUAGCUCAGCUCACAUUAUUUGAAAAACUGCAUCCACUGUAAAAUAACUAAUCCUUACUUGAUAGAUAACAAUGUGUAAAUUUGAAUUUGCCAUGGAGUCAAUCAAUUAAUCAGUUAAAGGUUCACAAUGCAAAAUUGAGGGUAGACUUAGGUAAGGAUUAUUUAGAUUCAACUAACAACAAUAAAUCAAUAAACAAGCACAAUAAACAAGCAAUUUAUCAGUGAGUCAGGCCAACUACUCCACCUUCAAAUUUUGUGCUUUUUGUUGGUUAGGUCUAAAGACUCCUCACCUCAGUGCAGUUUUUCAUUGUGUACCUUUAAAUGAUCUAGGGGAAAGAAUACUGCCCCAAAGUCUUGGUCAGGGAUACAAUCAGGAAAAUUGUUUAUAUGUAGAUAGAGUGUCAAUAUUUAAGAACCUAAAUUAAUAGACGAAAACUACCUUCACUAAAAGAAGCAACAAAGAGAUUUUCAUAUGUUCUGUAGGCGAAAUGCCCCUUUAAUGUAUUUCAAAUUGUGGGAAUGUCUGUGUAAGUGACAAUCAAGCCAGUUGUAUAUAACCUGACCCUUUGUCCCCGACAUCUCAGCCCGUUAUGGCUGGUGUUGUACGGCUGCUAUAAAGACACCAAAAAUGGCAUCUGACACACAUCACACGUGUGUUUUUCCAGAUCCUCUAUCAUUCUGUCAUAACCUCACAUCAUGCUUUGGUUAGUCCUACGCUCUGUCAACAUACUGAAUUGUUGGCUGGUGUGAAAAAGAACAUAUGAAGUGUGAAUGUUCGGUGUUUUUUCAUGAAUUUCAUGCAUUCCAGUCUCAUCUUGUUUGGAAGUGUUUACUUGCAGUUGAUUCAAUAUCAUUCACCCAUACUUCAAAAUACAUUAAGUACUACAAUAACAAUGUAUCCUAUACGCAAAAAGAGUACAUGGGAUAGAUAACGUUUUCUCCUAAUGUAAAUCUUUAUGAUAAUAUAUAAAAGUGUUUUUUUAUAAAAAGGCACAGGGUCCAGGUUUGUGUAUGGAAACUCCCCAGAUUUUCAUAUUGCUCUUUCAUAUUGCCUGAGUACUCCUAUGCAGUAAUUAAUAUAGUAAUUAAUAUAGAUGUACUAUCAUUAUAGAGAAACAGCUAUUAUUAUUCUCAUGUUCAAUAAUACAUGAUAGCAAUCGCAUAAACAAAAGCUGUUUUAUAAACUAGCAAUAUAAUUACUUUAGUAUCAAAAAGCAGUUCAAGAUUUACACAUUCAUAUAUUGUUGUAAAAUUACCCAGUAAUUGGGCUAGCAAUUGCAUUUAUAGUGCUAGAAACAAAACAUGAGUGGUAACUUAUGCACAGUUGCCUCAGUAAUCAGUUUGAUCCAGUUUGGAAGAUCUAAAACUCAUUUCCCCUCAAAUCCAGUCUGGAAGACUUGGGAGUUCUGCAUGUGAAGCAGCCAAGAGAAGAAACAGAGAGGCAUGUCAGUAGAAAGCAGCUCAUGGAGCAAUAAUUACUGAUGUCAACAAUAUUCAUUUGGCAACAUACUAUUAUUAUACUAUUACUAUAAUACUAUUAUUAUUAUUAUUACUAUUUAGCCAAUAACCCAUGCGGGAUACUGUUAAUUGCAAUAAUCUUUUAUUUGCUAUGAGGUUUCUAUUAGUAAUUUGGUUGUACGUUUUAACUUUAUAAAUAAGAAUUACCACUAAUGCAAUAAAUAAAAUGAAAUCACAUGGAAUGAACAACUCAAAUUGAAAUUAGUUAGCAAUAGUACUAUUAAUCAUUAAAAUGACUGUUUUUUGGGGGGUUGUUGUUGGUUUGUUUGUUUUUUUCUAAUUGUUGUCAUGAGUUGCAUACUUUCUAAUUACUGGUGAUCUGAAUAGGCAUUGUCAAAAUGUUGAAGAAUUCUGUGGUUCUGAAUAUUUUCAGUCAUCUCGGUCAUCACAAGUGCAUGAUUAUUUUUGUUAAACACUAAUUCAGACAAAUGGACGCCCCAUUGAUUUUAUCCUUGGCCGUAGGCACUGUACAGUAGUAUUGAUCUGUGCAUGAAGUUAAGCUAGAUCCUCAGUAUAAUGAUAUUCUUUCUUAUCCAGAGUCAUUAUCCUCGCCAUCAGCAUGUUUGUACUGGUUGUUUAUAUUUAUUUCAUGUCUCACAAGUGGUAGCAUUAUGUCAUCCAAUGUGUGUCUGGUGGCAAGUGUCGGAAUAAAAACAGUUGUAAGUUGUGCCGUCCUCAAAGCAUGUGCAGUAUGUAUGCUUAAUUCCCAGAGAGGACUCUUUUCCCUCAUAUGCUGUUGAAGAAAGCAUGAAACUGAUUGCGUCAAGCGUAUCAUAAGCAUUGUAUCACAGGAAUCAAACACAUACAAAUGAUGGUUCAUUCACUGAAAGAACUUCUGAAUGUAAAAAAUAAGUUCAAUACCCAUGUGGUCUCUGCAGUUUACCAAUAGCAAAGCACACUACUUACAAGAGUCUGUAUAAAUCGUUGUAUGGCAAAGUAAUAAUGAUGUGUUUGUAAUAAAGCACAGAGUUUAAAAUA